AUGUUGAAUGCAGCCGUGGUUGCCGCCGCGGGACUGACCGAUCCACAACAGUUGAUGUCCAAUCAUUCGAGUAUGGGUAUGCCUCCUUCUUUAAUGGAUAGAAGACAAAGACAAUCUUCAGUAUCGUCCAUAUCAUCUGAUAAAGUAUAUUCAUUUGUAGCUAUCCCUGGUACAAAUCAAAGAAAACGACCACGUAGAAGAUACGAUGAGAUUGAACGUCUCUAUCAUUGUAACUGGCCUGGCUGUACAAAGGCCUAUGGUACACUAAACCAUUUAAAUGCUCAUGUUAGCAUGCAACAACACGGCCCAAAGCGUCAUCCUGCUGAAUUUAAAGAAAUGCGUAAAGAAUGGCGACGUCUAAAAAAAGAAAGAGAAGCAGCCAAGAAACAAGCUGAAGUUGCUUAUCAAGAACAACAACAACAGCAACAGCAACAGCAACAACAACAACAACAACAACAAAUGCUACAACAACAAAUGCAACCAUUUCCAUUUACUACCACUCCAUCAUUUAUGCCAUCUAACAAUAUGCCUCUUUGGUAA